CUUUAACGGACACUUCUCUGAUUUGGCUGUUUGCUUCCUUACGAAAUAGUCUCAGCCUAACAUGAAGCCAGUGGCCGCCAGCCCUGCACCGGGGGAUGAGAUCAAGACUGUCCCUCUUCCCCAAGGCUGGAGAUGUCACAUGUCACCCGAGGGAUGCAGGUACUACAUCAACACCGCCAGCAAAGAAACAACAUGGGAACGGCCCUCUGCUUCUUAUGGGACCCCAGUGAGACCACCGGCACAAAGGAACUCCUUACCCGAAGUCAAUGGAUCAUGUCACACCACAGGAAGUGCUAUGCAUCCCACGGACCCCCCUGGCGUGCCCCUACGCAGAGCCACUAUGGACAAACAGGUGAGACUUUAAACUCAGCACUGCAGUCUGUAAUACACUUUAUAAAAGGGACUUCACCUGAUAGACCUGUAUUUUAUCCGACCCGUUAAGUCUAUUACGGUUGGAACAUUGCAAUCAGCUCAACGUAUUGAUCAGAGUGAAAUAGUUGUCUGAUAUUGAUUUCACAUCGACAGUAAGCAGCUCAGACUCAAUAAUGGUUCCUAUGACACCUAUAACAUGUUGCAGGCAAACUAAUUCACAUUUUUACUAUUUUAAUGCAAUAAUUCACAGUUUAUUCUUGAUGUGGUAUGAUUGAAAUCCAUC